AACCCGCACUUAGCAGCCUGCUUUGCGUCAGUCUACAUCUCCUGCCGCCGCUCUCGGGCACUUUCUCGCCAACCGUCUGCUGCGGGGGCUGGCCCGGCCCCAGGAAGGACUAAAGGGGACCCAGCGUGUCCCCACGGCGGCUGCAAGAGGAUCUAAGCAUGGAUGGCAGCCGGAGAGUCAGAGCAACCUCUGUCCUUCCCAGAUAUGGUCCACCCUGCCUAUUUAAAGGACACUUGAGCACCAAAAGUAAUGCUUUUUGCACUGACUCCUCCUCUCUCAGACUAAGUACCCUCCAACUGGUCAAGAAUCACAUGGCUGUUCACUAUAAUAAAAUCCUUUCAGCCAAAGCUGCAGUAGACUGCUCAGUUCCACUAAGCAUGAGUGCCAGCAUCAAAUAUGCAGACCAACAACGAAGAGAGAAACUCAAAAAGGAAUUAGCAUGGUGUGAAAGGGAAUUGAAAUUAACUAAAACUGCAAUGCAAUCCAAUUGUAAAAGUAAUUCCAAGUCAUUACUUAACACUCUACAAAAGCCUCCAGGAGAACCACAAGAUGAAGAUGCUAUGUUAAUCGAAGAAGUGAACGGAUUUCCAUCCUUUAAAAGGUCACCAGUAACUUCUUCAGAGCGACUACACCUAAAUCCACCUAAAUCCGGUAAAGUCCUCACAAAUGGUACUGAGAAGAACUCCAGUUCCUUCCUGUCCAGCAUGGAUUACGUUGCCUCUAGGCCCAGGAAAUCAUCCUCUGGAACCUCCUACGGCAGAGGGCCCCGGGGCACAUCCCUAAAUUCCCAGCGGUUUCAGUUAGUUAUUUCAAAAGCACCCAGUGGGGACCUUUUGGAUAAACAUUCUGAACUCUUUUCUAACAGACAUUUGCCAUUCACCCCACGCACUUUAAAAACAGAAGCAAAAUCUUUCCUGUCACAGUAUCGAUAUUAUACACCUGCCAAAAGAAAAAAGGAUUUUACAGAUCAGCAGAUAGAAGCUGAAACGCAGACUGAAUUAAGCAGCUUUCAAUCUGAUUUUGAGACAGUUGAGAUUAAGAACUUCACAGAUUCACAAAUGAACAUAAAGCAGGCAUCUAGCUGUAUGUCGUAUGGUACCAAAGGAAAAAUAACCCCUUUACCUUUACAAGGGCAUGAAUUACCAUGGGAUGAGGUUAAAGACAGUGCUCUUCAGUGUUCCUCAUCAAGGGCAGUAUGUCAAUGUUCCCUGCAGCCUCCUUCAGGGAGAAAAAUCUAUUCUGAUGAAGAAGAACUGUUGUAUCUGAGUUUCAUUGAAGAUGUAACAGAUGAAAUUUUGAAACUUGGUUUAUUUUCAAACAGGUUUCUAGAACGACUGUUUGAGAGACAUAUAGAACAAAAUAAACAUCAUUUGGAGGAGGAAAAAAUGCGCCACCUGCUGCAUAUCCUAAAGGUGGACUUAGGCUGCAUGUCCAAGGAAAACUCAGUAAUGCUAGAUGAUGUUGGUAUGUUGCAUUUACUUGAUUUUGAAAAGGCUGAGAAUUCAGAACAAAAUGAAUAUAAAAAUGAACAAGAUUUAGCCAUUCAACAGGAACGUCAAGAAUACCAAAAAGCUUUGACUAUGUUAUUGUCUGUUCCAAAGGAUGAGAACAAGAGAGUCUCUUCACCAAAUGAAUUUUUCCUGCCUGUCUAUAAAUCAAAGUAUUCAGAAGGGGUUAAAAUUCAACAGGUAAAUGAUGAAACGAAUCUUGGAACUUCAGUUUGGGAUGAAAAAAAUGUAAGUAUGUCAAACAGUUUACUAGACCAAGAAACUUCUGUGAAUGUCAUUGAAGGAGACAGUGACAAUGAAGAAGUUGAGACUUCAGAUGAAUUGUGUUGUUUUAGCACAGCACUCUCCCCAUCUGUUCAGUUAUGCAGUGUCAAAGAUGGUAAUCAGGACAUGGAAGGACCAACUCUUAAAAUCAUGGAAAUGAGCAUUGAGGACUGAUCUUUGGAUGCUUGAUCUUCAUUAAUAAAUAUCCCAAAUGGCCAAUAAUUCAAUAUUCCUUUUACUUUUUUAAACUUUUUUAUAUUAAGAUUUGUUUGUUUUCUAUGUUGUAUAAUAAAUUACUGUAAAUUUAGCAGCUUGAAACAGCACACAUGUAUUAUUUAUCCCACAGUUUCUGUGGAUCAGUAGUCUGAGCACAGCAUAGAUGGGUCCUCUGCCCUUGGUCUCACAAAUCUAUAAUCCAGGUGUUGGCUUGGGCUGUGGUCUCAUCUGGAGGCUGGACUGGGGUUAGAUUCUGCUUCCAAACUCUUUUCAGGUUGUUGGCAUAAUUUCUUUCCUUGUAACUGUAGGUUUGAGGGCUCUAGAUUCUUGCCGGCUGUGGCCAUUGGCCGCCCUCAGCGACUAGAGGCUGCCCGCCGUUCCCUGUUACUUGGCCCUCCCCAUAGACAGCUCACAGCCUGGCUGCUUGCUUCUCUAAGGCUAACAGGAGAAAGAGAGAGACUCUGCUAGCAAGAUGGAGUCUCAUAAAACAUAAUCAUAACAUGGUCACAGGAAUGACUUCUGUCACCUUUGCCAUAUUCUUUUGGUUAAAAGCAAGUCACAGGGGGCUUCCCUGGUGGCGCAGUGGUUGAGAGUCCGCCUGCCGAUGCAGGGGACGCGGGUUCGUGCCCCGGUCCGGGAAG